AUGGUCCAAUUUCUAGGGCACGGCGGCUCUUCGACGGUAUGGUUGGCUUCAGAUAAGGUGCAGCAAAAAUUAGUUGCUGUCAAGAUAAAAACACCCGAUUCGACUGAUCAAGAGGAGGUGAUCAUGGCUGAAGUUCGUGAUAUGCCAUCAAUCAGACGGCUGCAGGACGUCUUUGUUGAACAAGGGCCAAAUGGAACUCAUCGAUGCCUUGUCAUGGAGACGGGAUUAUGCAGUCUGAGAGUGUCGAAGGUGAUGUCUGCUCAUGAACUGCUGUAUCUAUCUACUGCUCGAGCUAUCAUUGCAGAUCUGGUGUUGAUUGUCCAGUCCUUGCAUGAUCGACGGAUUGUCCAUGGCGAUAUCCACGGUGGUAACAUUUUACUACGGCUUCCGGAAGAUAUCAAGCGGAUAACAGAUGCUACAACGCUGUAUCAACGGUUUGGAGAACCCAUUACUAAACCUGUUGUCAGAGUCGACCGUCAGCCACUGGAUGUGGGCGUGCCUACUGAUGUACACUGGCCGAUACGGCUAUCAGUUCGAUCUGACAAGAUUAAGGACUCUCAUCUGCCCAGCAUGCUAUCUGACUUUACUUCCAGCUACUAUCCAAGCCGGACGAGGCAGAUAAUUUCUCGUACUCUCCCUCACAUCGUCCCUCCAGAAGCGUUCUUCAUCGAUGAAUAUAAUGUGGAAGAGAGACUGUCCUUCCCUAGCGAAAUCUGGACUCUGGCAUGCACAGUAUUCGACAUUCUCGGUGGCGGAGGCCUCUUCAGCGUCAUGGGAGGCGGCAUUCUUCAGGACCAGGCCAGUGCGCUAGGCAAGUUUCCCGAGCCCUGGUGGUCCCAAUGGGAGGAGCGGGCAGAGUUCUUCACCGAGGACGGUGAGAGUAUCGAGUUUCCAAAUUCUAAAGAUAGCCUGGAGGACCGGUAUGACUGGUUCGUCACUGCUGCUCGACGCCGAUAUAAAAUGGAAUAUCCGGUCGAGGAGGAGAAGAGAGCCUUUCUCCAGAUGAUUGGGCCGAUGCUUCGGUAUUUGCCUGGUGAGAGGGCGAGUAUUCGAGACGUUGUUAAUUCGGAGUGGAUGCAGAAAUGGGCUCUCCCAUGUCUGCAUCGGAGUAGUUAA